AUGUCGUUCCUUCGCUACAGGCCCCGUCUCCCCGGCGGAGAGUUGGCUCCGAUGCCCUGGCCGGUGUCCUUGUACCGGACCCUAAACCACAUCGCCUGGCCGCUGGGGGCGGACUCGGGUCGCUGUACCGUUUUCCUGGACAGGCUGCUGAUUUUCCUGGGCUUUCUGGUCUUCUGCGAGCACAACGAGGUGGACUUUCAUUACCUGAUAGCCAAUCGCCAGGACAUGGACAACCUGCUGACGGGCAUGCCCACGUAUCUGAUCCUGGUGGAGAUGCAGAUACGCUGCUAUCAGCUGGCCUGGCACAAGGAUCGCUUUCGGGCUCUGUUGCAGCGCUUUUAUGAGGAAAUUUACGUGUCGGCGGACAAGGAGCCCCAUCUGUUUGCCAGGAUACAGCGGCAAAUGCUGGCCACGCGGCUAAAUUCCACCGUCUAUCUGCUGGCCCUGUUCAACUUCUUUCUCGUCCCAGUGACGAAUGUCAUCUACCAUCGCCGGGAGAUGCUCUAUAAACAGGUGUAUCCCUUCGACAACACGCAGCUGCAGUACUUCAUCCCGCUGCUGGGACUCAAUUUCUGGGUGGGCUUCAUCAUCACCAGCAUGCUCUUCGGCGAGCUGAAUGUCAUGGGCGAGCUAAUGAUGCAUUUAAAUGCCCGUUAUGUCCAGCUGGGCCAGGAUCUACGUCGCUCAGCCCGGCGGCUGUUGGAGAGGCGUUGCACUGUGGACAUAGCCUCCAGUUAUCGGCGGACUUUGACGGAAAUCCUGCGGAGAAAUGCUGCUCUCCGGGAUUUCGGCCAGCGGAUGGAGGAGGAGUUCAGUCUGCGCAUCUUCGUCAUGUUCGCUUUUAGCGCCGGUCUUCUCUGCGCCCUGUUUUUCAAGGCUUUUACGAAUCCCUGGGGUAACGUGGCUUACAUUGUGUGGUUCCUGGCCAAAUUCAUGGAGCUGCUGGCCCUGGGAAUGCUCGGCUCUAUUCUGCUCAAGACAACAGACGACUUGGGUAUGAUGUACUACACCGCUGACUGGGAGCAGGUGGUCCAUCAGUCGGAUAAUGUCGGCGACAAUGUCAAACUUAUGAGACUGGUGAGCCUGGCCAUCCAACUCAACUCGAGACCGUUUUUCAUUACCGGUCUGAAUUACUUUCGAGUCAGUCUAACUGCAGUGUUAAAAAUCAUCCAGGGCGCCUUCUCCUACUUUACUUUCCUAAACUCGAUGCGAUGA